UAUGGCGGUCCGCCCAAGUCGGUGAUAGAGGUAGCAUAACUUUUAGGGGUUAUUAAACACGAGAGUCUUGGCUUCUGUGCCUUUUUCCGAUCAGCUGUUAAGGUUUCAUGUCCGCGGGAACUGCUGGUGGUGCUCCUGUGACUGUGCUAACAAAACAUAAAAGAAAACGCGGGGUUUACUACACAGAUCAAGAAUUUAUCUCGAAUUUCGCUGCUUUUGGAAAGGUUACACCGCUUCGCGCGAUUCGAACCAAUGUGUACUGUCAUGUGUUCCAAUAAGUAAUGUGCCCUCGCUAAUCCACAUUCAUUUUAACGUUCCUACUUAGAGAUACUGAGAUGAAGAAGGUUGAACUAUACUUCAAGUUAGUCUUCUGGAUCAAGACUGCCACAGAAGUAUUGUAGCAGUGAAGAAGGUCCAGAGUUGACUGAGGGAAGACACAUUCCCACAACGAACUGCCCUCAUAAAAUCAGAAAUAUCUGCGUCACUCAGACAUUCGUCUUUUGUUUCUGUAUGCAUGUGCGUGUUUGUGUGUCUGCUAUACAAACAAAAAUCUCUCAACAAGCUGUGACCAUCAUACCAAAGGUCUUCUUCCUUCCUACAAAUUUUAGUAAAGAGCACAGACCAAAUUCCAACACGUUCGCGUGAAACGUAAUCAAAACAAACGUCCAAGAUGCAUAUAGAAGUUCAAGUGGCUCUCAAUUUCGUCAUCUCAUACUUGUACAACAAACUUCCAAGACGAAGGGUAAACAUCUUCGGCGAAGAACUAGAGAAAGCACUGAAGGACAAAUUCAGGGGUCACUGGUACCCCGAGAAACCCUUUAAAGGAUCAGCAUUCCGGUGUCUGAAGACCGGUGACCCGGUGGAUCCCGUGCUAGACCGCGCAGCCCGUGAGAGUGGCGUUCCUAUCCAAGAUGUGCUGGAGAACUUGCCUCAGGAGUUGGCUGUGUGGGUGGAUCCAGGUGAGGUGAGCUAUCGCAUUGGCGAGAAAGGCGCUGUCAAGGUCUUAUUCAGCGAACUGGCAGACCCACAUGAUGACUCCUCUGCGGACCGAGAGGUUACCAAAACCUUCAACCCAGAGGCACAGUGCUUCAGACCGAUUGAGGCUGUGGGCUCAUCGUUAGGAGGUCUCAGUCUAUCACCCAACAAGUCUUCAUCUCCAUACUCCGGUAUGUCAGCGGGUCCAGUCAGGGUCCAGGCAGUGUCUGUAGUGCCAGUGUCAGCCGGUGAAGGUCAGGGAGUCGUAGUGACUUCCGGCUCUGGAACAACCACAGUUACCUCUUCAGCGUCCUCGCCUACCCCACUGACGGCUCCCUACAAGGGAUCCCCAAGCCCGGUGACGUCUUUCAUCCCCCGGUCUACUGCACCGCUCACCUUCACUACGGCUACGUUCGCACAGACCAAGUUCGGCAGUACCAAGCUUAAGACCAGCAGCAAGCGAGCAAACAGAAUGUCCCCUACAGAGUUCUCCAACUACAUCAAACAACGUGCGAUCCAGCAGCAGAUUCACCACCACCAUCACCACCAUCACCACCAAGCAGCGCCACCGUCCCCCACCGGGCGCUCGUUGUCACCUAACACAGCAGCAGCAGCUGCAGCUGCGGGACAGCCGCCCUCAGACCCGACACGUUACUUCUUCCAACCCGCUGGCCCGUACCAUCCACAGUUCGCGCACCGCAAUCUCUUCGAGGCGGCCGCAGCCGCUGCUUACAUGCCAGAACUGUACCCUGGCGCAGCAGCCAAGUUUCCUGGAGCCACAGCGUCGUCCUAUCUAGACCCUGCCUCUAUUGGUCACCAGUUCUACAAUGGAGCUGCGACCAACGCCAACAACCCUGGUAGCGCCCAGGUCAGUAACAGUACCACGUCUUCGACAGCUCCGCAAGACAACGGAAAGCAACUUCUGGAUGGCCUCAACAACUUCGGCUUGGGCUCCGUGACUCCUUAUCCGCCCAGUCCCUACCAACAUCUCCUUGUGGCAAACUAACCUCUCAGAAGGACUGUUUUUUUCAAUCCUUCCCUAGAAAGUCAAUUCUGCAAAUGACUCCAAACUACUACGGCAUUAACCCUUUGAAGCAUAAAGUUCGCCUAAGUAAUUUUUAAAAAUUCAGUUCCUAUCACUCACAAAACACACCUCGUCUCGCAUUGUGGUCUUCUGAGUUUUGACACAGUGCAGAUCUAGUGUCGUAGGUGGUCGUCUGCAAAUGACGGAAGAAUGUUACUCCGAAAACUUGAUACCCACCUAAACGUCUGUACAGUACCGCAACCCAAAAGACCACAAUCCGAACACACGACAGUGAACACCUCAAAUCUUUCACGGUGUCACCAUUACAAAGAUCAAUUUUUUAGUGCUCUUUAAUGAAAUAAUUUCUGUUUAUUCUGAAAAUCAUAUGCAAUCCACAGAUACAUUCAGUAGCAAAAUUAAAGAGAUCUUAGUGUUAAAGUAGGUGGUACACUUAGUUACCUAUGGGGUUUAAAGGGUUAACAACAUACCCUCUGCAAACUAUAUCAAAACUACGUCCCCUAGCCUUCAAGUCUGCUGCAUUUAUAUUCACAUUUUAUCCUCGUGUGUGCCUGCGGAUGUUUAUUCUUACAUCUAGAAAUCGAGUAUAAAGAGAAUCUCGCAAGUGAAACCCCAAAACUUGUCAAACAAGAAUUCAGCAGAUUCGCUUCAAAAGCGAUAAUUUCAGGUUGGAAGUAACUCAAUGCAAAUCCAGACGGCGACCAGCUCCGUAAUAUGCUCCACAUUUAACACUAAAUCUCGACACAGUGACUAUAGAUACUGCUGUAUAUACGAAAACACUGGGAUAUCCUCAGUCGCGAGGCCCGCAGUGGUGUAACAGGGCGGCGAAGAGAAACAGCAAUGCAAUUGACGACAGUUCAGAUUCAGCAAGAAUAGGAUCGGUUACCUUAGCAAUCAGACAUCCACACAGAGGGUGUAGAUUUGUAGCUGGUAUUUGCAUAGGCCUAUAUGCGUACUUGUUAUUUCCCUUAUAUAUUAUGUUACUGCACAUGAAUUCUUGAAUAUAUGUACUCCAAACAGAAAAGACUCGUCCAUUAAUGAUCAAUCUUAGGAUAGAGCAACAACAAAAAAUUUAUAUCCGAAAACGUUGUCCACAGACCUGCAACUAGUUGCAAGUACAUCCAUAAUAUUUUUAAAUUAUAUUUAUUGGUGUGCCUAAAUUUAAUAUGCAAGGAGUAGUAAAGAAUUGGGGUUACAUUUCUAACAAGGCACUUGACUGAGAAUAGAUUAAGACGGUUACUUUUAUGGUUACUUCAGUGAUUGAAUUCUGUUUAAUAAAUUGCAUAAACUACAGUAUGUAUAGCAUCUCUUUUGUUAGCAAUUUUUGUGUCAUGUGUGCCUAUAAUUUUGUAAGAACAUAUUUUAAACAUAUUUUAAAAGGUUGCAAAGGUUUUAAUACCGUUUAUGUUUUAUAUUAAUUUUAAUUUUUCCAAAAAAUAAACAAAAGAAUAUCGUAAAAGUUUCUACAGUGAAGAGUUUCUAAUACACUAAAUAUCCCUGGUUCCAGUAAAAUAACCAGACAAACCGCUCAAUAAUUUAUUCUGGUUAUGUCAACAGGAAGUCUUAACACUUAAUGGAGGUCCCACCUACUGCCGUGUGUUACCCUCCUUUUAGCUAGUGGGGGAAUAUGGUAUUAUUGUCCUACGCAAAUACCAGUAAAAAUCCAUAGAGAGUGUUUUAAUAAUAUUUAUAGUUGCUUGUCUUUUCAUAGCAAUUCAGUGCAAGAAAAGGGCAACAGGCAAAGUUGACAUAAUUCCUACAGCAUAAAGCAAAUGUAUAAAAAUCCAUUUAUUUUUUCACUGGAGUAGAUAUAAAAUAGCGCUGUAAGUAUGUGCGAUAAUAUAAAAAUGAAUACGUAUACAUGUGUAAAUAAUACAAGAAAUACACUAAUCACUACGUCUAGUCUCCAACUGCACAAAGGCCUCGCCAAAUGUAGGAAAGUAGGGUACACGUCGUGGCACGUGUAGCUAGUUCGAGAUAACGAAAUGAAAGUCGUCGUUCUUGUUGUUUCAUAUUCGAUAGUACAAGGAAAGAGAGAAGUUUCUAAACCCAUAAAUAGCUAGCGAGGCGGAAAGUACUUAUGCGUCUAUUUCUUCUCAGUACUAUAUUCAUAGGCCUACAACAGCAGACACUACUGAUAUGACAUGAAAUUCAAUGCUUUCUCAUUGUACAGUCGCAAUAAUGGACCGAAAGACACACUAGUUACUAAAAAUUCCCGAUAUUUUUAGCCCCCCUCAAUAACUUGAAGAAUAUAAAAAUUACAUUGCAUAAAUUACAUAAAAUCCUUGUACGUUAUAAGGCUCAAGUAGAUCUUCAAAUAUACCUACCCUGAAAAAAAAAAUAUAUAAAAUUCCCUGCACAGUUCAAAUUUUUUUUCCCCCACUCUGGAGUUUAAGUAGGUACAAUUAAUCCCAAAGAGAAUGUACUAAAUUUGUAUUUCCUGUCCCCCAAACUGGCUGAGAUUUAUGAGUGCAUAUAAUAUUUCCAGGAUUUGUUAUACUCAAGGCAUCUGAAUUUUGUUCCUAUGUUUUAAAAUAUGUGUUCAAAAAUGGGAGGCUAUGUUAUGAAUUAAGAAGGAUACAAUGCUGUAAUAUAAUUCCCGCAUAUAAAAAUACAAGAAUAUCUUUUUACUGUUUGAAACUCUGUAUAAUAUAAAAUUCAAGUCAGUAUCAAUGAAUAUAUACUGUCCUGUAGAUUUUAUGAUUACUUAUAUAUGUUUACAAUAAAAAUAUUUUAAUUUAAUAGUGUGAUAGAACCAUUUUUCAUUAUAUUUUAUAUUUUGAAUAAUUUUGUAACUUUUUAUAGAACCAUUUCUUUUGUACUUUGAUCAUUAUUCAUACUAAAUAUGCUAGGUGGGCAAAAAAGAAGAGCCAGCCUGCAACUACAAAAAUGUUGGACGUACCCAAGUUUCGGAAAUCAGUCAUAACCUUAUUGUAAGAAGAAAUCUUUAUUUGAGAACUAGCUUCAUGAAUUCGGAAAUCCUUUGUUCUAUUCAUAGCUAUGUGGCAUUAAAUCGAAUGGCACUUCUUUAUUGUCAUAUGAGAAAAAUUUUCCGCAGCGAUCCUUCUGAAUAUGUGGAGUUAACAAGGGUCUUAUAUAUUCAAAAAGUUUGAAGGAAAGAAAAGUUCCAUAAAUCUUGCGGCCAAGGGCCUGCAUACUCCACAGUUUGCAGCUUAAAUUGUUUCACUUUCCAGACAGUGCAGUGUUAAACUCUGAAUAUUAUAUUUCUCAAGCACACAGUAAGAUCUGCUUGUUAGGCAAUUAGACCAUCCCUCCCUGAGUGCUCCUAUGCAGUGCUGAUUGUUCUGUUGUCACAUAUACUGAGAAGAACAUUUACGCCAACUUUCUUCUCUGUGGCCAUCUGUUCUGUGAUUGUGGGUAGAAGUUAUGUGGAAUAUUAUUUUGAGCCUAAUAUAAGAAAAGUCUGUUUGCUUUCAAUUUUGUGGAGAAGUAGUUUUUAGAAAUAUCAUGCAAACUUCAGACGCUCUUGGUAUUCUUAAAACUGUGUAUUUCUUUAGUAGUAAACUAAUAACUUAACAGUAACAAGUAGCUUCGGAGAAAACUAGAUAAUGAGGAACUUCAUAAAGUGUACUCUUCGCAAAAUAUAAUUAGAAUGAUAAAGUCAAGGGGGGAGGACAUGUAGUACGAAUGGAGAAGAGGAAUCCAUACAGGCUUUUGAUGGCAAAGCCAGAAGGAAAGAGACUAGUAGGAAGGCGGAGAAAUAUAGUAUUAAAAUUGAUCUUAGAUAAAUAUAAUGGGGUGAUAUGCAAAGAAUUUGUCAGGCUAAGGAUAGGGACCACUGGCGGGGUCUUGUGAACACCGCAAUGAACCUUAGGUUCCAUAAAAUACUGAGAAAUUCUUGAGUAGGUGAGUGACUAGCGGCUUCUUAAGAACUCGACUUAGUACGUAACUGUAAUACGUACCACUGCCUGGCCACUGGAAGGUGAAACAUAAGUAGUGCGCAAUAUAGGUGCACAUAAUUAUGCAUCAAAAACUAGACAUAUUUGGGAGGAACAUGGCAAGUCUAUUGUUAAAAUUAUAUUUGACAAAAGUAUGCAGAGAACAUUUUCAUUGUAUAUGUGUUUUAUAUGCCAAUGUGCGGUAAAUACAUGCAUAUUAUUUGUGUAAAUGAGACAAAUGCAUGUAUUUGUAUGUGUGUGUGAGUAGUCCAUACUGUAAAUAAUCCUAUUAUGAUAAUAUUAAUUGGUAAUUAGUUUAUAUUUUUAUCAAUAUUUUAUGAGCUAAAACAAGUCACAGGUUUGUUUACAGCCUCCUCAGAUCAGUAUUUGUAUCGCAUAAUAUAACCGAAUAUGUACAGGAAAACUUUUUUCAAAGCUUUAACCUUUAAAUUCAAAAGAGAAAACACAAUGUUGCAUGAAAUGACUGCAUGGCAGAAGUGCAUACCAUGCAGCCAGUACUAUGUAUUCACUCUUUAAAAUAAAAUUUACAACUGUGUUUAUGUAAUAUUGCAAUGAAACCAGUAAAUGUCACCAAAAUUCGCAUAGAAACUGCGAUAUUCAGUUAUAACAUGCGGCAGCCAUUGUAGUUCUACAGUAAAACAAAACCACGUGUAACUUCCGUGACCCGUACGUAAUAGAUAAUUUCCAGUAAUAUUUGGAACUUGUAUAAAUAUUAUUAGGUCUUUCUGUACAGAACUCCUAGUUAGUCCAUAGAUUUUUCAUACAGUGUUUUGAUUUUGUUCCUUUAUUUUUUCACUGAUUAUUAUUGAAUAGAUUAAUAUUGCUAUAGUUAUUGUUUUUUACCAAAAUAUAUUUUUGUUUAAAAAGAUAUUGUUACGUUUGAUGUAAUAUUUCUUAAAACUUUAUGGGAUGUGGUUUACCUUAAAUAAUUGCAAGUUUAACACAAAGGAAAUGGUAAAAGGUACCUGAUGUUUAGUCAUCUCUUGAAAGAUGGCAAGUUGAUUGUUGGUUAUUGUUACAUAAUAAUGUUAGGUAAGUGGUUGGAAGUAAGGCAAGGAUUGGUAGGACAGAGUUUGACUAUGGUCUGUUAAUCAUUUGUAGGUUCUUCUUUAGUUGAAGGUACAAAAUACAUUAUGGCCGAUCAUGUCUUAGGAGGAUUGAAAAUGUCGCUAUACCUCGACGCUUGGGGUGGUCCUGAUACAGUCAAUUACAAAUUUACAAUUCCUGGAUUGUAUGUUUGCCUGUCGGGCGAAAAUACAUCUACAGCUCCUAAACGACAGAUCUAGAACAGCGGUUUUUAAACUUCCUGAACUGUGGAAAUCUCAAAAGACUCUCACUUAGGGGGCCCACCUUCUUGUCCCACAGACGCUCAUUACAAGAAACUUAAUGCAGUUGAUGAUGCCCAAUAUGACAAAAGACGUUUCUGAUACCAGUUAAGUUAAUUCAUGAACAUGGAUCAUUUUGUCGUGCACCUAAUGAUGCUUUCCUUAAAUAUUUUUUUAAUAAAAUAUGUCUUCAUUUAAUCAACUCCGUAAUUUUCGUCUCGGAAUAACUUUUAGUUUCCCACUUACCAAAAGUUAAGGACCGUUUCUCUAGAUAGACUAUCAAUGAAGACGUUUUAUAAUGGUUCUUUUACAGUUUUUAAAAGUUAUCUUCACCUCUGUUAAUCAGAUUGUAAUAUAAAGAUUCAUCAUCGUUGCAAAAAUGUUCUCGUUAUGUGAAGAGAGUUGGUGACGGCGAAUGGAACCGUGUUGGCAGUGCAGUGAAGAUGAUAACUUUUAUCUUUUUUACCUAACGUGAUUUUUCAGUGUAAAUAUUAAAUUUAAAAUAUUAAUUAGUAUACAGUUAUAUAUUUCUAGUAUAGGUUUUCACGAUUUCCUACAAGAGAUUGAACACGCGAAAAGUUAUAUGAGCCCCUUUCUCAACAAUGGCACCGCUCGGAUGAUUUCAUGGUUGUGUGAAUUUCUGGCCAAUCAGAAGUUUUGGUCUUCAUGUGAAUGAUGUGUAUCCGUGGGAUGUUCAGAUGUACAUAAUGAUAAACAGAAUAUCGGUUCGGUUCCACAUUGAAGAGAUAGACGAGGAAAGGAGUUUGAAAGACAACUGAAUUUUCCGCGACUUUUUAAUACAAUAUAUUGGCAAACAUAGUGCAUGUAAUUUUUCUACGGCAGUUUGUGCAAUAAGUGGACCCUACUACCCUCGAACCACCUUCUCCCUCCAGAUAAUAAACGUGUAAUUGUGUCGCAGGUAGUUCAUACAGUUAUGAAAGUUUAAAAGAACAAAAACCAAUCGACAUAUUUUUUCAUGAAUUUAUGGUUCAUAAACCUACAUUAGUACAUAAUGAAUAUGAUAUAACAAUUCUGUUUACAGAUAUUAAUGUCAAUAGCCUUUCAGCACUUUGCAUACCAUACCACAGGCGAAUAUAAUUUAUCAGUUUAUUGUCACGUUUAUUUCUGUACCUCCCUCCAGAAAACGGGUGUAUUUCUUCCGCGGUAAGGUGGAGAAUUGCUAUGCAAACCACCCCGCAAAUAACGCUUAAUUUUGCGACAGAGACUUGUCGCUAAUUAUUAUUGUAAAGUUGCAGUUUAGAAAACUAAGCUUCAACACUGAUUUUUACACCGUUGAUCACGGUAUGCGACGCUACAUUAAGUACAUGAUAGAGAAUGAACUACAUGUUAUUUUUAGACUUGCUUAUAAACAAUACAGUUAUCAGUGACUAGUUCUUAUUGCCCUCAUUUUCUGUGUAUGCUUCUAUACGUCACUGUGAGGAGUUGUGUGAAGUGGCCAAGCGUGAUUAGACAUUUACUUUUACUUCAGUCUUUCAAGCCAUGAUGGAUGAAUUUCAGUACCUCAGAAUGCUGAACUACUUAAUUCCCUCAUAGACUCUGAACACUUCGAAAUUACCAAGCUAUAUAUGAACACAUGAUAGUGAAGAAAACUAAAUUCAGUAGCCUAUGCUCUAUGUUUGUUUUGAGAUUGGCGGUCUGUAUUUCUAUUGAUUGGGCUGACACAUAUGUCACCACAACAGUAACACUGUGAAUAACCCAAAGAAUAGCACUGCUUCUGGCGCACUGCUUCGCCACACUGCGCAGACUCCUCUCGUGCGUAUCUUAUCUGUGACAACUCCUGAUUAGCUUCACAAUCAGAUCUGUUAUUUAGAUGGGUCUAGUAGCUGUUAUCCUACUAACAGUAAUAUCUAGAAUACUUCGAUUCUUCAUACUUAAUCGUUCUUGUUGUUUAAAUAUUUUAAAGUGCAUGUUUUAGAUGCUAUUUCUAUUGAAGGACUGAAAAAACGGACUAAUUUCAUUGGAAAAGUAAUUAAAAACCAUUAUUUCUUUUAAUUGUUUAUUUAUAUCUGCGAGCACUGUCUCUAUAGUUAUUUAAUGCUAUCCAUAAAACAGGAAGAAGCCCAACUAGUGAAUUAAAUUAAGCAUUUUAACAAUUUUCCAUUAUGCAUGCUCUUAAAAUAUUACAAUUUGAGUUUACACAUUCUAACUCGAAUAUAAUGCACACAGAACUGAGCCCUGACAGACAAUACAACUCUACUGGUUUUACUGAGGUGCAGAACUAUUGAGGCCCUAAGGGUUUUUAUAAAAAAGAAACUGAGGCGUUGUCACGUCAACAAACUGUGAUAGAUAUCAGUGGAGUCUGAGGAACCUAUUCUGAAAAAUGCCAAGCUGGCUCGAAACUGUGUGCUAACCACACUCAUUAGAACCAAAUUCACACUUUCGGAUUAUUUUCUGCAAACUUCAUAAAAGCACCCCAUGUACCUUCAAAUUAUUUAAUUUGAAAUUAAACUAUAGUUGUUGUAGCCCCAUGUAUGUAAACGUGGUGUUAACGUUAUAUAUAAUUCUGGAAUAAAGGAAAUAUGUAAAAACAAUAAUUGCGAUAAUACAAGAAGUAUAUCCAUAUAAAUAAUGAAAGACGGUUCUUGUGACAAACCUUCUACAUGUUUUUAAUAUGUUGACUAUUUAAAAACUGUAUUAAUCAAGAAUCAUGUCAGAUUGUAAAAGGAACCCAUCCCCUCCCAGAUGUUGGUUUUUUCUCUUCUCCACUGUAGUUCUAGAUACCACCACGAGGCAACGUAGGUGAGGAACUGGCCUAUAAUAAUGUAUGUCCGUUCAGUACCUAUCUAUUAUACUAUAAUACGUGUUUCGAUGGUCGUCAUGGUGACCAGAUAUUCAGAACAUAAUAUGAUAUACACUAAUAUGUAGUGAGGCCGACAGGAUCAUAGUGAGAACGGAAUUUUCCAUCCCGUUAUGAUUAUAAUAUACAUGUGUAUAAUAGUCUAUAAUUUUUCAUAUUGUUGUACGAAUUUUUAAGUUUAUAUUAAAAUGUUUUGUGCAUUCAUAAAAAAGUAA